GCCAUGACCACAAGCAAACCUCGACCCCCGCUCGAAUAGCCUCAUCAGCACGGCCGGUUGCUGUUUGAAGACAUCCCAGGGGGACGCGCUAGGACCAAACUCAACAACGCCGCCUCCUAAUUGGCCACGCGCAACCUUCAGCGACCGAGCUAUGCCGCCGUCGUCUCGUGACAGCAAAGAUAGAGGGUGGUGGAGCUAUAAAUGAUGGCCGCUGUCGGCGAGGGCCGUUGAGGUGGAGUGUGUGAUUCCCAACGGACGUGAGAGGCUUUAUGAACCCCGCCAUCCCCUGCCGGCGUUUGAGUGGGUUGCUAGAUUCGAGCAAUACGGAAUUCAACAGCAAACAUGUCCGAGAACCACCACUCCACGCUCCCGCAUCCAACCCUCCGUUUCGGCGGUGUGUCCAACGGCUAUGCGACAUACACCACGCUUCGGGAGGACCCCGAGCGCCAGCCACUUCUGGCGCAACCGCCGGGCAGCCCAUCUCACAUGUCGUAUCAAAAGAUGUUCAACCUGAGCGCCUUCAGCAGCACUGACCAUGGGAGCCCCAUAAUCUCCCGACCCAAAAAAGGAACCUUCCUCCUCGUCUACAUCACCACACUGGUGGCCGUAGCGCCCAACGUGCCCAACCCGCCGCCGGACGCCGUCUCGGGCCCCUUUACCACGUCGACGUUCCUGGGGCCCCUGGUGGGCGGCGGAACCACUAUCGUGGCCGUCACGGCCGCCAUCUACUACUUCGGCCCGCUGACGGGCGGCCACAUGAACCCGGGCGGCAGCCGCGACUUCAAGGUCGGCGGCUGCUACAUCUUUGACGGCGGUAGCAUGUCCAGCGACGGCGGCGUUUCAGCCUCUUCAGGCCUCCCCGGGCCCGUGGCGGGGGCCGACGUGGGCGCCGCCUUCGCCGUCGAGUUCGCGGCCUGCCUAGCCUUUAUCACCCUCGCGUACGCGGCGGCGCUGGACCCGCGCAACCGGGACGUCAUCGGCCCGCGCCUGCCUGGCGCCGAGGGGUUCGGCGGCGCCAGCCUCAACCCGGCCAGGUGCUUCGGCGUCUACGUCGGCAGCAGAUUCCCCGGCUGGCACUGGGUGCACUGGCUGGGCCCGCUAGCGGCCAGCAUGGCGCACGCUGUCAUGCAGUCGCUGAUGCCUCCGCCGGGGACAGAGUGGGACGACUCUGCGCUGCUUUGA